AUGAGUGAUACGGACUAUACGCAUACAGGCAAUGAGCCCUCGUCCUCGAACGAUGCGGAUCGGUCUUCGCCAAAUACUGGAUCCUUUCUCGUUCACUCAAAUAAAUCGUUUACUCAUGGUCAGCCCCCGAAAGUCGACAAUAAAAUCCUGGGUCGCCAGAGGCGCCGAAGAACAAGCCCAGAGGACUAUGCAAUUCUGGAGGCAGAAUACCAGCGGAACCCAAAGCCAGAUAAGGUGACGAGGGCAAACAUUGUGAGCCGCGUCUCGCUAGGUGAUAAAGAGGUUCAGAUUUGGUUUCAGAAUCGUCGGCAGAACGAUAGACGGAGAUCCAAACCCCUUCCACCGCACGACCUCGGUUCCUCAAGCACGACAACCACAGAUUACCAGAAAGAUAGGUCGGAUAACGAUGUAAAUUCGCGGCCAUCACCCUCCCAGCUGAGCUUUUCUUCUCAGGAUGAGAAGAAAUCUAUGCGACUGGAGACGUACUCUCCAGAUGUCUCAGUCGAACAUCCGGAUAACGAGUGUAUCGAAGAGAGUGGAAUGGCCCAUGCUACUAGUUCGCAGACCACAGUCGCUUCCACACAAACUGAAGAGCUAGAAACCACUAGUUGCCCUGAUGAGGCCAUAGGUUCAUUCGACAACCGGGCGGACAAAUUGGACCCUGUGUCAAAGGAUGUGCAACAGCGUUCCGGCUGCAAAAGGAAAUGGGAUGAAUAUGACGUGAAGGAAGUGGUCGAAGCCAAAUAUGCCAGGCGAUCAUUGCCCUCUCAAUUAGCAACGCCGCCUUCCCUUCGUAUCUCCUUAUCCUUUGAUGGGGAGGCAAUGGUCAGAAUGGAAGGUGAAAAGACCCCGUCACCUCCCAAACCCAGAGAUUCCCUUCGAAUUUCAUUUUCGGCCGAUGGCGAAGCAGUGGUGAGGACUGCAAAUGAGCCUUCACCAUCAAAAUCCGCCUGCACCAACGCCAGGCAAGCGCGAUUUGGCCAUCUUCGUCGCAGUACAAGUGCGAUAUCCUUCCCGAUGAUGCGAAGCAGAAUUGAAGGAAAGGAUAUAAAACCGUUUGGGAGAUCCCGUAACGCCCGUACGUGGGAACUGUACUGUGAUGAUGACGCUCGGACGGCGCUCCCCAACGCUUUGAAUACACGGGUGGAUUCAACUUCUGUGGAUAAUUUAUCGCCCUGCGGACCUCAGCGCGAAAAUUCAAAACCAUUGGGUGUUCGGUCACACAUCCCCAACGAGAUUCAAGAGCCACAAACCCCAGCAGAGAAACGAAGGAAGCUCACUAGGGCUGUGUCUUCUCUCGCUCGUUUGGAAACUGGCGCAAAAGCUCCCACAUCCUCAGGAGCGAAAGCCAGAAAAUUUGCGCACGACAUGAAGGACCACACUGGGGAUUCUGAUAAGGAGAAUUGGAUCCCAGGCACACAGAUUUCCAGCGUUCGAAGACGCGGUGUGCAGAAACAGACUACCCAGGCCCGUGGCCGUCGAGUGUUGGGUAGAUCAAGCAAGCAACUCGAAGCCAGCCAGAUGGGCGUCUCUCGUCUCAGGCGAACAAAAAGCGCCAGAUCGGCAAUGAUAAGUGAGAAAAAUGAGAACGGUUCUGCUGUCGCUGGUGAAAGCGAGGAAACAUCUGCCUUUGUCAAGGAGGCCGGAUCAAAUCCAGAAGAAGAUUUGGACUGUGUCCAGGGCUUGUUGUCCCUCAGCCAAGGAGCUUGGAGAUAG